AUGGAGUCUAAGGUUCUUACAAAGAUUAACAUCCUUUCCAAGAAUCUCAUUAGAUCCUUCCCUACGUCAAAUCAUGAUAAUGAUGUUGAUCACCCCAAAUUUUACAAAUUAUCUUUCUUUGAUCAAUUUGCUCUCCAAAUGCACGUUCCUUGUGUUCUUUUCUAUCCAAUCAAAUAUUCCACAUUUACUAAAAUUUCCAUUAUACAUGAACGACUAGAACAAUCAUUGUCCAAGCUUUUAACUCAUGUUUAUCCUGCAUCAGGUAGAUUUACAUCUGAUGGUCAAUCAAUCAAUUGUCAUGAUGAAGGUGUUUUGUUUAUAAAGGCAAAAGUUGAUUCUCAAUUUUGUGAUUUCCUCAACGAUGCAAAGAAAGAUAUCGACCUAGCAUUGAUUUUUUGCCCGAAAAUUGAUCGUAGUGUUUCUAAUUUGUCUAUCACACCACUAGUGGUAGUGCAAGUGACGGAGUUUGCGUGUGGUACGGGGAUAGCUAUAUCUGUGAGCUCUGAACACGCGGUUAUUGAUGGAUUCACAGCGUUGAAAUUUGUUUACGAGUGGUCUAAAGUGAGUAAAAUGGGAAUUAAUAUUCAUUCCGAUAAGAUCAAUUGCUUCACCUUUGACGAUUUUGGUACCAUUUUUCCACCAACAAGUGAUAAUCAUUUGUUAACAAGAGUCAAGUCUCCUAGAGAUGAUCAUUAUCAUGAUUUUGCUGAAAUGGUUGCGAGGAGGUUUGUCAUAAAUCAAUCCGUGAUAUCAAAACUUAGGGAAAAUGUUGGAGUGGUUUAUUUCAAACCAUCACGAGUUGAGUUGGUGAUUUCUUUUCUAUGGAGGGCUCUAAUCAAUGUUUAUCGACGUAAAAAUAAUGGACGUUUAAGACCUUGUUUAUUGAGUGUCCCUGUGAAUUUACGUGGUAAGAUUGACUCUCCAAGAUACGAAAACUCUUUUGGGAAUUUCGCUCUUGAAGUCCCAGUCAAAUUCAUACCGGGAGAAACAGGAAUGGAGUUACAAGAAAUUUUACUAUUGAUCAAGGGCGUACUACAAAAAACCAAUGAAUCAUUUGUAAAAUCAAGUGAUGACAUAUAUUCCCUAGCAUCCAAGUUUCAUGAAGAAAUACAAGAAUGGGAAGAAAAUGAACAAGUGGAUGUGUGCAUGGCAUCAAGUUUAUGUAGGUUCCCUAUUAAUGAAGUUGAUUUUGGUUGGGGAAAACCUUGCUUGCUAAGUUUUGGAUUGAGACGUAGUGAUAUGUUUUGGUUGUAUGAUACACAAUGUGGCACUGAAAUUAUUGUUCAAGCAGAUUUGAAGAAAGACUACAUGGACAUAUUUGAAUGUAACAAAGAUGUAUUGUCUUUCACUUGUGAUGAGUAGACAUUUUCAUGUGUUUGUUGUACUUGAAAAAAGCUUUAUUGCUAUUAUUUGGACA